CUCUAGGUCCCCUUCCAUACCCUUCCUUUCGCCCUGAUAUUUCUGGAUGCGAGAUUUACAAGUUUUUUCGAACUUGAGCAUAUGGUUUAUUUAGUUGUAUUUCUUCCAAACUCUAAGUAAUCUACAUUCAUCGUUUGACCGGAAUUAUAAUUCAGUGUAAAACAUGUAUAUUCGUAAUUGUUUCCUAUGUUGUACGAGGUUGGGAAUUCACUCUGCCUUAACUUUAGCUGGAGGUCAGGCAAAUUGACCUUAAAAGAAUGCAUAAGCCAUAAAUUAAAACCAACUACUCCUCGAAAGGCUAUCCCAUUUAGAGACGAUAUACCUGGACAAGGCUUCCCCUACAAGCAUACAAAGCGCUGCUCUCGGACUGUUUUAGGGACUAACGACUAUCUGCACGUGGACUUGUGGUUUUGCGAGAGAGAAAAACAUUUCCGAACUGGAUCGGGACAUAAAGAUAUCGACUCCCUGACGCAUAUGGUGCCAGUCACUUUCAUGAGUUCAGAAUCAACUAACCAGUGAUCGCUGGGUGCUGGGGGUUUAGUCUUUCUCUUUGUAUGGCCUGUGUGUGAUGUUCCAAAGACCUGCUCCACUCCCCUGUGCUCUUCUAUCAGCCAGACCUGACACACUCAUUCAUCUAAAUCCUAUGCAACUUGAAUCUACAUGUUUAAUUCAUCAUAAACGAGGCGAACCCCACACGCUGACAUGGAGGGCUUUCUUCGUAGCAGCUUUUUACUGAGCAGAAUAAUGUCUUCCAAGCAAGCCACCUCUCCGUUUGCCUCCGUCGCCGAUGGGGAGGAAGCAAUGAGUCAGGACCACCUGUCCUGGGAUAAGGAGGAGAGUGCCGAGGCCCACGGGACGCCCCAGCUGCCCCUGCACAGCCUGCUCCACAGCAAGGGCUCCAUGGACGAACUGCAGCCCCUCAGCAGUGUCCCUCCAGAGAGUGACUGGGACAGCAUGGUGUCAGCCCAGCAGCGCAUGGAAUCUGACAGCAAUAAAGUAUGUUCCCUGUACUCCUUCCGGAAUAACUCAACCUCCCCACACAAGCCUGAGGAGGGGGCCCGGGAGCGCGGCGACCUGCUGAGCGGAUCUGCGUUCGGAACUCCGGAGCGCCGCAAAGGAAGCCUGGCCGACGUGGUGGACACACUGAAGCAGAAGAAGCUGGAGGAGAUGACAAAGUCAGAGCAAGAUGAAUCCAGUUGCAUGGAAACACUUCUGUCAAAAGACUGGAAAGAGAAGAUGGAAAGGCUCGACACCGGUGAUCUUCUGGGAGAAGUUAAAGGUACUCCAGAGAGCCUGGUAGAGAAGGAGCACCAGCUGAGCACCAUGAUCACUCAGCUGAUCAGCCUGAGAGAGCAGCUCCUGGCCGCUCACGAUGAGCAGAAGAAGCUGGCCGCCUCACAGAUGGAGAAACAGCGACAGCAAAUGGAGCUGGCCCGCCAGCAACAGGAACAGUAUUAUGAAGAAGGGUGUUCCAUGAUUGCCAGACAACAGCAGCAGCUUCUGCAGCAGCAGCACAAAAUCAAUAUCCUCCAGCAGCAGAUUCAGGUCCAGGGUCACAUGCCUCCGCUCAUGAUUCCCAUUUUUCCACACGACCAGCGCACCCUGGCAGCAGCCGCCGCAGCCCAGCAGGGCUUUCUCUUCCCACCGGGAAUCUCUUACAAGCCAGGUGACAACUACCCGGUGCAGUUCAUUCCAUCCACAAUGGCAGCUGCGGCAGCGUCAGGACUCAGCCCCCUCCAGCUUCAGCAACUGUAUGCCGCCCAGCUUGCCAGCAUGCAGGUCUCUCCUGGAGCCAAGAUGCCGCCACUCCCCCAGCCUCCCAACAACAGCGGGCCCAUCUCCCCCUCCGGCCUGAAGAACGACAAGAGAUCCUCCAGCCCUAUCACUCAAGUCAAGGAGGAGGGAACGCAGCCUCUCAACCUGUCCGCCCGGCCCAAGACGGCAGAGCUGGUCAAGUCCCCCACGUCCCCCACACACAGCCUGUUCACAGGCAGCAAGACCAGCCCCAACAGCCUGUCCAAGAGCGGCAUCCCCAGUCCCCUCGGAGGAAUGGGCCGUGGGUCUUCUCUGGACAUCCUGUCCAGCCUGAACUCCACAGCGCUGUUCGGGGACCAGGAUGCGGUGAUGAAGGCCAUCCAGGAGGCCAGGAAGAUGAGAGAACAGAUCCAGAGAGAGCAGCUGCAGCACCACCAGCAGGGCAUGGAGGCCAAGCUCUCUGCCCUCACAGGCAUGGGCCUCAACAACUGCAGCAGGGCUGACAAGAGCUGGUUCACUGAGUACAUUGAGCGGGCACACUUUGAGAGCCUUGGUCACCACCUUAGCAAACUGGGCGAGGAUGGCAAAAUUGGCCACAGAGUCAUCGACCUCACCAGGCCAGAGGAUCUGGAUGGGUGGAAAGCUCUGAAUGGCUCUGGUACCGGAGCAGAUAAACCACAACAGUAUUAUUGUUGGCCUACAGGAGGUGCCAGCACAGCCGAGGCACGGGUCUACAGAGAAGCCCGGGGGAGGAACAGCAACGAGCCCCACAUCAAGAGACCCAUGAACGCCUUCAUGGUGUGGGCCAAAGAUGAGCGCCGCAAGAUCCUCCAAGCCUUCCCAGACAUGCACAACUCCAACAUCAGCAAGAUCCUGGGCUCUCGCUGGAAGUCUAUGACCAACCAGGAGAAGCAGCCGUUCUAUGAGGAGCAGGCCCGUCUCAGUAAGAUCCACCUGGAGAAGUACCCCAACUACAAGUACAAGCCCCGGCCCAAGAGGACCUGCAUCAUCGACGGGAAGAAGCUGCGCAUCGGCGAGUACAAGCAGAUGAUGCGCUCGCGACGGCAAGAGAUGAGGCAGUUCUUCACUGUGGGGCAGCAACCGCAGAUCCCCAUCAGCACCAGCGCCGGCGUGGUCUACCCUGGGGCCAUAACCAUGGCAACGACCACACCCUCCCCUCACAUGACGUCGGAGUGCUCCAGCGCCUCAGCAAGCCCGGAGCCGGCCAUUCCCGUCAUCCAGAGCACCUACAACAUGAAGAUAGAGCCCAGUGCCAUGUUAACCAAUGACCCCAUCAUCAACAGAGAGGUAGAUGAGAUGGACAUGUAUGAGGACUUUGACGAGGAGCCCAAAUCGGACUACAGCAGUGAGACUGAGACACUGGAGCCCAUCGUCAGCGCCAACUGAGGCCUCUCAACACCUGAGCCGGGACAUACACACAUUCGUACUGGAGAACCAUCCCCAGGGCGGAAGACUGACUGAAGGAGGAGAAACAGAAGAACAAAAAAAUGCAGAACAAAAAUAAAUGGUUCUGUUGAUGCAUCAUUUAGGAGCCUGCAUGCAUAUGUGGCUCCGUCAGAAUCAACAGCUAAAGGUCUUAAAUGUUUCUUACAGUGUGUGAAGCAGUUUGGGUUAGUUCCUUUUGUUUUUUAUUAUCUCAUCGUUUAUUUUUUGUGUUUUCUUCAUGGACAUUUACACAAUUAGGUUAUUGCCCAUACAACUUUGGAUGACAGGACUUGAAAUGUACCGUUUGAUAUGAAUCCAUAAUUCUUACAGUCUUACUUUUUUUCUUAUGAUAUAUAUAUAUUAUUUUUUUCUCUUCAGUUAAAUGCUUUUAAUAGAUUUCAUUACUGUUUUUGAUGGGAGUUAUAUAUUCUCACUCAGGUAUGCUGUGCCAGCCAACAGCUUGUGAAUGUUUUAAAUACGAAUUUAUUUGAAACUAUUUAGAAAACAAAAUAUUUGGAAAUUCAUAUUAACUAAAAACAAACAAACAGAACAAUUCCACAAUUCUGGGACAUAAUCAGACUCCCUUAUUAUUAAUUGUAUUAGCAUUAUCAUUAUUAUAAUUAUUAUUGGUAUUAUUAACAUACUGUACAAUUUUGUGCAGAUGUGCCAAACGUUUGAAGGUUUUUAUCUCUUAAAUAAUUUGUUUGAGUCUCGGGGGAGAGACUCGAGUCUCAGACAAUCUCUUAGUGUGGCUUCAAAAUCCAGUUUCUUUAUAUACCUUCUAUAUUGAAACCCUCAGGAAUCUGGAGACAGUGUGCUGUGUCUAGGGCAGGAACAGGAAGUGAUGCAAUAGCUUCAGGUGUGGUUGUUCAUAAUGGCAGCUGUUCUCCAUGGAGACCAAUGCGGUGACCAACAGGCCCUUCUCUCCCUGUCCCUCUCCAGCUCAUGUCACCAGCCCAGUCUAACACAGAGCACUAUAACACUCCCCUCACAAUCUCUGCUCAUUCUUCAACUCAGUCUUACCAAGUUCUUAAUCAGAGUGAUUGUAAUCAGGCCAGAAUUCCAAGGGGCCAAAGGCAUCCAAUCUGUGGGAUUGGAAAGGCAGCGAAAGGCAGCUUUGGGGGCAUUAUAAUCACAAAUUGUUGUUUUACAAUGUGUAGCUACAGUACAUUCGGUUAAACACUUUAGCCCCUACUGGGGCGGCAAUUUGGUCUUAACAUUUUUUUUUAUUUUUUUUUUAAUCUUAAGUAUUUUUUCGACAUUGUAAAUCUUAAAUUGACACGGGAAGGUCUUAAAGCAGAGUUAACUACUGCAGCAGUCUUAAGAGAAGAGGCAGUGUGUGAGGGAAUAACAUUGUGUUUUUAUUAAAGGAGGGUUACAGACAAGGUAUUACAUUCUAACAAGUCAUAUUAAACACAACAGUAUUUCAUAAGCCACACCAGAGCUGUGAUGGUGAUUCUCUACAUUCAUGCACUUAGAUAUUAACACUUACUACUUCAUUUUUCAACUGAGUUAAUAUGUUAUAUUGAACAAAAUGUUUGUUGUUUUAUAAUGGCCAGUUGCCUAUUUUACAUAAAGUUAAAUGUAAGUAUUUUAGAGCAAUUGAAAAUGCACUUCUGUAUUUUAUUUACAUACAGACAAUGAGUAUGAAAUAUAACACAAUCAAUCAGCUCUUAAUCUUGUGACAAUCAGUCACAAACUGAAAGUCCUUUACCUCUUGAAUGGUCCUUUUACCAGUUGAACAGAUCCCAGGUUGUUACCUAUGGAGAAACAGCUAGAGAUGGCCAGCAGUCAAGGCCUUACUGUCCAUAAUGUAGCCCUCCUACAGGCCAGAAGGACUAAGUGCCUCCCUCUCUGCCCUGCCCUGUCUCGACCCCUUCCCAUGGCAACCCCCACACCCAGGGGGUGCCAUCUGGCUCAGAGUGGCAGGCAGCGCUAUGCUGGGGAGAGGAGAGAGGGGGAACAAUAAGGACGGGGCACGUAGCGCUUAUUGUGCUCUCCAUCAAAGCACAGACAGUGAGGCUCCCACCCCGUCUCCCGCCCUGGCCCAACCACUAGGCGCUGGCGAGCAGAUGGAACAAGUACAUCAAGCUGUGGGGGAUUACUAAAAUGACUGACGAGUGGGUAUCAUCUCAAAUGCAGCAUUAUUAAUGCAUGAGCCCGGCUAUUCUCCUCCCGUGCCCUUGAACCUGUCCAUUUCAGACCAAGCCCAGAGGUUUAAAAUGAUCUAAAUGGCUGGUCACCAGCGCUGGCUGUCUACAUGGCCAGGACUCCCUCCUACUGCUGGUCACUGCAUUACUCUCCCAGGUCUAAUUGAUACAGAUGGCUCUUUAGUACUUAAAAUUUUUCUCGACCCAUUCAGAGCUGGCUUUUAUUGUGUUGUGUCUACGUUUGAAGCAUUUAUCUUAAGUCUUAGAAGUUUUUAAGCACCUCAUUAUUAAUUUCCAUUUCAGUUUCUUUUUAUUUUUUUGGUUGGUUGGUUUCUUUGUUGCUAUUGUUGUUUUAAGGUACAAUGCUUUUUUCUAGGAUUUCCUCCCAUACACAAACCUAAACGGAUUUCCCUCCAGGUCAACAUGUCUAGGUUUUUAAGCUGUUACUUCUGUUUUCUGGUUGAUUGGUUGAUUUGUACGUGAUUUGUACAUAUUUCUAUGUCCAUGCCAAACCAAUUCAGUGGGCUGGUAGUUAAAAAAGGACUGUUGAUAGGACUGAAACUUGACUGCGCUUGUAUAACAAACAAAACAAAAAAAACGAUGAACUUAUAUCUCGCAAGGAGACAAUGUUUCAUAAGUGUUAUAAGCACUGGAUAUAAAUUGUAUUUUUAUCAAUUCUGACUAAUGUGAAGCUGUUGUACCAGAAAAAAAUCUGAAUGAACAAAAGUCCCGAUGAGUUGGACUCGUGGGCUCAUUCUCACAGUUACCAGAUUUGAAUCAUUUUUCAGUCGUCUUGUUUUGUUUAUUUAUGCAAAGACAUGUGUAGUGAAUGAACACUUUGUCUAAGCUCCAGGGCCACCAAGGGGAGAGAGACAGCGCGCGAGAGAGACUGAGUAGUAAACUCGACAGAAGGCUUGCAUAGUAACUGGUUAGCUGAGAAACACCGGAUUUCAGACACACAUUUUAUUGGUCACAUAUGUUUUGUUUUGUAUAUUGUAUUUGAAGCUAUAUAGUGAGAAUAUACAUUUUAUUGUAUUUAUUAGCCACUGUUGGCUCUAAAAUUGUCAGUAGAACAUAAUGAAAGGACAAUCAGAGAGAAAAAAAAGAUGUUUAAUGAAUUGGAGCUUCAUUUUUCAAUAAAUUCACCAUUUCAUUAUAGAUUUUAUUGUAAAUACAACAUAGGAAAUAUAAUUAUAUUUUUGUUCAUAAGUACUUAGUGAAGUAUAAGUUAUGUAUUUGGCUGUUCUUUUUUUCUUCCUUUUUUACAUCAGUGUAUGUUGAUCCAUGUUCUUAAAACUGACAGGUCAUUGUACGUCAUGUAGAUUCUGAUUAUUUCUCCCAGUUGAAGAGAGCAGUAUUGGACGGUUGAGAGAGCAGUAUUGGACGGUUGAAGAGAGCAGUAUUGGACGGUUGAGAGAGCAGUAUUGGACGGUUGAGAGAGCAGUAUUGGACGGUUGAAGAGAGCAGUAUUGGACAGAGCUGUAGCUGAGAUAGACAGACAGGCCCCUUCUUGCUAGCGUUUCAAUGACCUCCCUCAGACAAUUCAAGGAGCCAAUCAAAACCCAAGCCGUACUCCUUAGCCUUAGACAUUAAGGACAAACAUUCUUUUUUAUAAAUAACUUCAUUUGUAUCUAAUUACAUGCAAAGCCGGUACAAAUAAAGUACUCUGUAUCUUUCAUAGGGACAGUGCUAAAAUUCAUCUGAACAACAAGCCGUUAAGAUGCAUAUGUUUUUAUUAUACAACUUGCGUUUGCAAUCAUGACUCAAUCCUAGCGACAUACCUUAUGACUUGUGUUUUGUGUUUUUCACAGCCCUCAGUGGUUAUACUGUUAUGUGCCAAAUUUGAACGGAGGGGUUGACAGUUGCAUAAAUGAAUAGCUACAUUUUAAUUGCACAUCUGCAUGCAUUUGUUACAUUUAAAAUUAGAAUGACCCAAGAGGAUUUUAUUCAUUGGCAAUUUUACACAAGUUCUUGGGGAUCUGAAAAUGAAGGGAGUGUGCAAAUAUUUAUUAGUUUUAACGUGGCACAAUGCAGAGCCACUUGUGUGUAUUCUAGGCCUAUACUCUUUUUGUCCUUUUCUAUGUGUUGCUGACCUUUUUAAAGGUAGCCCAUCCAGCCAUCAGCAAAGUGUAGUCAUGACCUUUUCUAUGUGUUGCUGACCUUUUUAAAGGUAGCCAAUCCAGCCAUCAGCAAAGUGUAGUCAUGACCUUUUCUAUGUGUUGCUGACCUUUUUAAAGGUAGCCAAUCCAGCCAUCAGCAAAGUGUAGUCAUGACCUUUUCUAUUAAUCCAUCUGUCUCUCAGCCAUGUAAAUGCGAACAAAAUUCAACAAUUGAAGACAAAGCUUGUAUGCUGUUUCAAUAACUUAACUGUAAUUAUUUUUUUUCUGUCAUUGAACUUCGUGAUGUAUAUGGUGGGAAUGUUCUCUGUGUUAAUUUAAUUAGCACAAUUCACUGACAUGCUGGACUGACAUGCUAGCUGCUGUUCAGGAGUGUAACAUUUGCUGUUGGGGACAACUUAUAGAGUUGUCAAUGGUACUUUGCUUUCUAGAUUCAUUUUUUGUCUCUCAAGCAACACUGUGUGUGGCUCUUCUGUCGCUGGGGCUGUUGCUGUUUUGAAACCGCUGGCAGACUGAUACAGUUUUCUGCGUAGAAAUCAAUUUCUUGGCAGGUACCUAGGCCCAUGGCAGGUAUUGUUUGGGCGUAACUAGAGAAAAUGAUAUAGUGUCUGUUGCUGCUUUGAAAAAAAGUUUUAAUUCUGAAAAUGUAAAUAGUUUAUCAUAAUAUCUUGUACAGUCCAGUGUAAAGUUUUUAAUUGAACUUAAAAAAAGGUUGCCAUCACAUUUGUGUUCACUUUCUUCUUCAUACAGUACAAAAGGACAGCUACGUGCUGAGGAUAUUAUUGUUAAAAUAAAAAAAGGAAAAGGUACUAAAAUAUUUUAUUUUGCUUGGCUUCAAAAUGUAAACCAGCAAGUCUUUGGUUUCCAUGUGCAGUAUUGACGUGAGGUAAACUUAAGGUGAAAUAAUUCUACAGUGGUAUGUAUUGGAGACCAGUCUCCUCUGUGUUGGUAGUAUUAAUACACUAUAUCAAAUAAAAUACACCAGAUGACUGACACAUUUGGGUGUAUCUAGGCACCUUAGUAAUGUGUGCAAAUAUCUAGGCUGUGUUCCCCACAGGAUGCAUUCAGGCAUAUUGUAAUGUAACAUCAUCUUUCUAUAUGUACUCAAUCCAUUGAUGUAACAAGGCAGGAGUGGGUUGUUUAACUGCCUGUUUAAGCUCAUUUACCUCAAGAGUUUCCUCCUUUUGCGUAAAAGAGUAAGAAAUUGUGUGACAAAGUCUCACCAUCACUCCCAUAUUUUGUACUGCUGUUGACACUUACAAAUUAAAGAGACAUUUUGUUUUAA